ACCACGGAUGGCCAGCAGGGAGGAGUAGCGCGAUGUCGAGAGUCCAAGACUCGGCUUGGCGCUGCGAUGCUAGGAAGCGAUCCGCAGGCUCGGGGCUGGCGGUGAUCAACAAACGCACAGGAACGUGGUCAUAACGCGGAGAGCAAGACAUGGAGGGGCAGGGAUGGAGACAUCUUUUCUUCUUUUUCUUUUUUUCCGGUUGGGGUAUAUCAAGGCCUGCAGAAAAGGGUCGUCAAUGCAAGGAGCUUGGUGGGUUGGAGACCGAGAAUCAGCUCCUUUGGCGGAAUCGCUGUGCUGUCCGCGUCCAGUCACUUAGCAUGCGUGGGUGGCCUGUUGCAGGCGGCUCGGUGGAAAUGAAUCUAGCAGAAUGCCAUGCACUGGAAUGGCCGCCGGGAAUCAGCCUAGGAUUCAGAUUACUCGCCAGGUUGUUUCGCGGCGAAGAAGGUCAGUGUGCAAUGCGCGCAGGAGGAUCCAGGCGAGGAAAGCGUGCAGAUGAGGAGUAAAAGAGGGAUGGAUUCUCAUACGAGUAAGAUUGGAGGGAAGGAACAGCGGACCAAAAGGCCAGCUGCAUAGCAGAAGGGAACUUGGAGAAAGCUUGGGGAAGGAACGAGAGCGAUAUCCGCAGCGGUUGGGCUGCGUCACGAU